AACAGGAAUUGGAAUGUUACAAAGAAAAAAAAAACAGCAAUUGGAAAACCAAAAUCGGUCGCGAAACUCCUUUGCUUGAGUGGGCGACAGUCUCAGCGUCUAUUUCCAGAAGAAAAAUGGAAUCAGAUCGUCCUCCUCACUUCAAGGUAAUUUUGGGAUCUUCUUCGAUUGCUAGACGGAGUAUAUUAACAGAUAUGGGAUACCAAUUCACACUAAUGAGUGCUGAUAUUGAUGAGAAGAGCAUCCGUAAAGAGAAACCUGAAGAGUUGGUUUUAGCUUUAGCUGAGGCAAAGGCUGAAGCAAUCACGCAGCGGAUCCCUGAUGAUGUCGAGGAUAAACCGACCUUACUUGUUACUUGUGACCAAGUUGUCGUCUAUGAAGAUGCCGUCAGAGAGAAACCAUCGAGUGUGGAAGAAGCAAGGGAAUACAUACGAAGCUAUUCUAAGGGACGCACAGCAACAGUGAGUUCUGUGGUUGUAACUAAUCUCAAAACAGGAUUCAGAAAAGGAGGCGUCGAUAGAGUGGAGAUCUACUUCAACGAAAUAUCAGAGGAGAUUAUUGAAAAACUGAUUGAGGAAGGCAUGGUGCUUAGGGUUGCUGGUGCACUCCUAAUCGAGCAUCCUCUAAUAUUGCCAUGCGUCAAAGAAGUGGUUGGAACAACGGAUAGCGUGAUGGGUCUGCCCAAACCGUUGACUGAGAAACUUCUGAAGGAAGUAUUGGCAACCACUUAGGUGCCUUUAAAUUGGAGAAAAUGUUUGGUCUCUAAAUGUUGGUGUAUUCAUGAUCUGCAACUCGUGAGGAUUACACAUCAGUUAUUUUGUUGUUUACUUCCUCUUUAUUCCGGACCAAACCUUUAGAUGGAUUGGUAGUUCAGUUUUUUUUUACAGUGUGAUAUUAAUCAAACCAAUUAAAACGAA